AUGGCCUCUCCCUUCAACCAGCCCGCCGGGGCGCGGGAGUUCGGCGCGGCCCUGGAAGAUGACGGCCUCGACGCCGACUACAGCAUGAUCGCGGACUAUGCGGAGGUCGACUACUACGCCUUGUUGGGCCUCUCACAAAAGCCUCCCCCGACCGACACCGAGAUCCGUUCCGCCUAUCGCACCUUGACUCUGAGCUUCCAUCCGGACAAACAACCGCCGCACCUCCGCGAGGCCGCCGAGCAUCAUUUCAACCGGAUUCAGGAGGCGUACAACACGCUGAUCGACCCCAAUAAGCGCACUGUGUAUGAUAUCCGGGGCGCGGAGGGCGUGAAGCAAGAAUGGGGCCCUCUUGGGGCGAUGGGUCGUGGUGGGGAGGCGCAACGACAGGAGGUUGGUGUUAAGGCUAUGUCGCCGGACCAGUUUCGUCGCUGGUUCUUAAAGACUAUGAAGGAGCGAGAGCGGAAAGCCAUUGAAAGCUUGGUUUCUAGCCGGAGCGCAAUUACUUUGGGAGUGGAUGCGUCCACGGCGAUCUCCGUCAAUGAAGAAGAUAGCGAUGUCACGUUUCAUAUACCGUCUCCUAAACUGGCGACAUAUGCUCUCGCGUAUAACUUCAAGGCUCCUAUAUUUACGCCUCCAUUCUGGAGUGAAAGGGCAGACGAGGAUGUCCAGAAAGAGGAUGCGGAUGCGGAAACCGAACAACGCGACGAGGACCCCGAACCUGUUGAGGUGACGCUCAAUGCAAGCAUCGCAGGCAAGCUAGUCCAGCCAAAGCAGACCGUCACAGUGGAGUAUGAAGAUGGCGCAGAGGGCGAGGAAUCAAUAUUGCUGCCGAAAAUGCUGGCGUCCCAAAACAUCACUGUGGGAGCCACGGUGACACCCAACAUGGCAAGCUUGGUGGGCACCAAGGGCCUUUGGAGCAAAUCCCCUUUCUCGCUUCUCAAGGACUCGUCGGUCACGGUGGAAACUCUUCUCCUUCCCACUCCCACCCUGAAAACGAAUAUUAUUCGAGCUUUCCAGCCGGUUCCCGGCAUCAAGCCAUUCCAGGUCAAUGCGAGUAGCAUCAUCACGCGCUCCCUGUGGGAGACAUUGCCUUCUUUUGAGGUCCAAGUUUCCAAGCAAAUUGCCGAGAGGAAAAUUGCCGUUUGCACUUGGUCUAGUGGUGUUUUGGGCUGGCCCGGCGCACUUCUGGAGCGCUUCUCUUCUCUCGGGAUGGGAAUUCAAACCGCGGCUACCUCUGCUAACGAGACCAGCAGCCUACAAAUCGGCUUGAUCUCCGUCCCCAAGGUUCCAGCAAAUGCGAUUGAACUUGACGAAGAAGACGAAGACGAGGGCCUGCGUUAUAUGUUAGAAAGACAGCGCAGGAUUGAUCAGGCAGCGGAAUCCUGGCAGACUCACCUCCAACUGUCUCCUGCUGGAGGCGGCCUUGUUCUCACAUAUUCACGAAACCUUUUCUCGGGCACGCCAGCCGACGACCCUGUGAAGACCGAGUGGAGCUCCGAGGGCUAUUUCCCAUUACCCAAAAUGGAGCAGGCACGCGCUGUGCGAUUGGAGGUCUCCAGCAUAAUUGGGCUGAACAUGUCCCUGAGUUGGAGUGUCAAGGGUGUGCGACGGGUCGGCGAGCACACGCGGCUGGGGCUUGGCGUCGGCAUCGCGGAGAAUGGUCUCAUCAUGACCGUCUCGUGGAGCCGUCUUGGCCAGAGCAUCAAUCUUCCUGUUACCGUGUGUCCUGCCGGUGAGGCCAACCACGACGCGGCAGUGCUGGCUACUAUCUUCCCGUGGUUGGCAUAUUGCGCGGUUGAAUUUGGGUACAUUCGUCCCCGCAAUCGCAAGAAACGUCGACAAGCCGCGGCUCGGCGCCACCACGAACUGAAAAAGCUCAUCCCUCAAAAGCGAGAGGAGAGCCAGCAGGCCAUCGAGCUCAUGACCGAUCAAGUCCAGCGCCGGCAGGCCCGCGAAGAGGCGCAAGAUGGCCUGGUGGUUACCAAGGCCGAAUACGGCUAUGUUCCUCCGACAAGCAAGAAACCCAAGCCUGGGUUCACGGAUUCCAGGCUCAUUGAUGUGACCAUUGCGGUGGCGGCGCGGGUUGACCGGGGUCAAUUGGUUAUUCCUCAGGACAUACUCAAGUUCCAAAUCAUGGGCUUCCACGACCCGGCGCCGCUGCUACCCAAACGCCUGAGGAUCUGGUAUCGCUUCCAGGGCCGAGAGCAUUUUGUCGAAGCCGGCGAUAAGGAGGGCAUUGCGUGCCCCAUGCGAACGCAUUUGAUAUCCCCUUGA